CAAUACACUAUCAGUGAUAACGCAUGUGAACCAGGAGAGGUCAGUGAUACUCGUAACACCGAGCACACGCUACUCCCAACAAAUAUCCAUCGAUCGCCAUGUCUACCGCACACAGUGACGACCAGACACCGACGUUGUUCCGUGACGACUACCACGACAAGUUCUCUCCAGUGAGUUACCUAAGUUACUACUGGGGCAGCGAACGCGUGCAACAAGACUGGUUCCAGUUUCACCUCGAUGGUGGCUACAAAUACUUCAGACACGAGGGCAUCUCGGGGACGAGGUUACUGGAUCUUGGGUGUGGUCCUAACAUCGGCAGCAUGAUUGGCGCCCCCGAGCACUUCACCCACAUCGUCAUGGCGGACUUCUCACAGGCCAAUCUUGACGUCAUCAAGAGCUGGAUGCGUGGUGAUGACGUCAACUUCAGCUGGAGUCACGUGUGUCAGUACUACCUCAAGAAAUACGCACUUGAUCCCGCCUUCGAAUCCACUCGACUGCAUUCUCUGAAAUCCUACAUCAAGGACAUCGUUCAGUGUGAUGUGUUACAAUCGGAACCUCUCGGGCCAUCGUACACGGGCUUUUUUGAUUGUGUGUUCAGCAGCUUUUGUCUUGAGACAGCAUCUCGGGACAUCGACACCUACAGACGAAGUGUGCUGAAUGUCGCUUCCCUCCUUCGGGAUGGCGGCCAUCUUGUGAUGAGGGGGGCUUGUGGAGAGCACUGCUACCCUGUGGGUGGGAAAAACUUCCAUACGUUAGCCUUGACCCCAAGUCACCUGACGACGGCCUUGACAGAUGCGGGGUUCAAGGUCAAGGAACUCCAAAUAGAAGGGGUAGAUGAUCCCGAUGAUGUUGACGUCAAUAAAAUACAUGGCUUUUGUGUCUUGGCCCAGAAAGUUGGCUUAUGAACAGUUUGGGGUGAUAGCAGAUUGGUUUGAUUCUAAGAGAGGACGCACACGGAUACACACACACGCACGCACACGCUGCCUUUGCGAGCAAGACCAGUAAUAAUUAAAUGCAUUUUCUGUAUUCAUUUUCCUAACCAUAUUCUCUAAAUAUUACUGCCCAGGAUUGGAUAAUAAAAUAUCAGCAAUUCA